CGAAGGCGAUAAUCCUCCUCUUUCUCACCGCUCACUUUCAUAGUCAUGGUCAAGUUCUUGAAAGCAGGCAAGGUCGUUGUCAUUCUCCAGGGCCGUUACGCCGGCAAAAAGGCCGUUAUCGUCCGUAACCACGACGAAGGUACCAAGGACAGACCCUACGGUUACGCUGUCGUCGCCGGUGUCGAGCGUUACCCUCUCAAGGUCACUCGCUCCAUGGGCAAGAAGAAGGUCGCUAAGCGUUCCAAGGUCAAGCCUUUCAUCAAGGUUAUUAACUACAACCACAUGAUGCCCACUCGUUAUGCUCUCGAGCUUGAACAGAUCAAGGGUACCAUCUCCUCUGAAACCUUCAAGGAGCCUUCCCAGCGCGAGGACGCCAAGAAGACGAUCAAGAAGUUGUUUGAGGAGAGACACAACACUGGAAAGAACAAGUGGUUCUUCUCCAAGCUCAGAUUCUAAGUUGUUUCUCACUCCUCACGCUGACACCCAGUGUUCGUCCUUUAAAAAAAUAAAUGACUUUUUCAUAUAAAGUUGGCAGACUAUACGCCUGUGAUCAUGUGCAGUG